AAAAUGUCCAGUGAAUCAGGUGGCGUUAAAGAAAACCGGAAUCUACUCACACUUACUUCGUGGCGUCCUUUUGAGUCUUCUCUAAUUUCCCGUAAAAGCAACAAAGUUUCUGCGGAGAUUUUGCGUGAUAAUGAGCACCCAUAUUCGAAGAGUCUGAAUUCUGUUACAUUCAACUUGUACUCGAAUGUGUCAUCAAAUGUCCAUAACAUCGAAGCACAAAAUGCAACAUGUGAUCAAAACGAACCGGAAUUUACUGAGCUGAGUAUUUGCAACGAAGAAAACGUAAUAGAAUCCUGGCCGACAGCAGGUUUUGACGAAUCUCAAAUUAGAGAGAUUCUUCAAAGUCUUGACAGUCAGCUUGCUCCAUUUAUAAACGAUGAGGAGUUCUCAAUAAAUGUUUCUACUGUAGAAGAAAAAAGUAAGGAUAAACAAGGACUUAAAUCGAAAUUAUCACAUAAAGCUAAUCAUUCCACAGGUGCUGAAUUUGAGUCCGAGAAUUCUGUUGAAUCUUACAAUUCAUUUGAACCUUUACCUUAUCCAUGCUCUUUUUGUGGAGUGAAGCUCAAAAGUUUUGUCGAGUAUUUCAAACAUAGGAAGAACCAUGUGAAAGAGAAGCCAUUUAAAUGUGGUCAAGGGAAUUGCAAAGAGUCAUUCAACUCUGAGGAAAACUUAGAGUUGCAUGUUGCGGCUAUACAUCAGCUGGGAGAAAAAUGUAAUCAGGCAGGAGCUAAAGAAAGAAAUGUCCCAAAUUCGAACCAGGUGCUCAACUGUCCGAAGUGCGAGAAAAGUUUCAAUCGUGUAUCGAAGUUGAGAUCACAUAUGGUAAUUCACGCGAAGGAAGAAGACUUCAAAUGUGACAUAUGCGACCUCAAUUUUGAGUUCCUCGCCGAGUAUGAGCAACACGAAUACGAUCAUCUUCAUGGGCAGAAAUUGAUCAAAGUGGAGCCCGGACUGAAGUUUCAGUGCAGACUGUGCGAAAAAUUCUUCCUCAGUAAACCCUCUUUAGAGUACCAUGUACGGUCAGGCAGGUGCAAACAUCCUGCCAUCAAAGAUUAUAAACCCAAAUUCAGCCGGCGCAAAAGAGAUCCAGAUUUGCCGGAGGUACCACUGGAGCUCUCGGAGAAUGAGUUGAGGCUUGGCAGAAAAAGAACGGGUGGUAAUUUCCCUUGUGAAGUGUGCGGAAAAGUGUUCAACAGGGCAGACCAUAUGAGGCGGCACUUGGUUGUACAUACGAAAGAGAAGAUGUUCACUUGUAAAACUUGCGGCAAAAACUUCACCCAGAAGAGCAGUCUCAGCACUCAUGAGAAAAUCCACAUCGCGAGCACUGGCCAAUCAGCGAAAGGCAGCAAUGUCAAUAUCGACGACGUCAUGAUCACUUGCAAAUUAUGUGACCGGAAGUUUAUUCAGAAGACGAACUACAACAACCACCUCAAAAACUGUCAUCGAGAAAUAUUCGGAGAGGAUGAUUCGGAAUCUUUAUCAUGCUAUUUUUGCAAAUGUACAUUUAACACAAAACUAGGUUUGUCGGCCCAUAUAACCAGACAUCAUCCUGAACAUGCACGUGUGAAAAACAGGAUCCCAUUUGUCUAUGAUCCCAUAAAGGAGAAUGGAACUGUCAGCAUCAAGGGCGACAGUUACAGAGCUAUGCCGCUGAAGCAAGCUGCGGCUGUGUCGCAAACAACAAAUAGCUUCCGAAAACAGAUGUUUGGUCCGACCGUGUUCAACUCGGGAAAAUUCUCCAUUUCACCUGAAUUGUUUUCUCAGUCAAAUGGCCGAAGUGUCUACGUUAUGGACUCAUACAAGGCUGAUGAUGAACCAAAAAGAGUGAAGCCAUUCAACAAAACGAAAUCUGCUUCAAAGACCGAACAGGCAAUUGAAAUGGAAGAAGUUGCAAUACCUACAAGGAGAAGACACGACGCGAAUGACAGUUUGGCUAAUUUAGACAUUCAUCUAAGAAGACUGGGACCUGAAGGAAAAUUUGAAGCCAGCGUUUGUCAUUUCUGUGGCAAAGAGUUCACUAGAGCGUGUGAUUUAGUGAGGCAUAUUCGCAAACAUACAAAAGAGAAGCCUUUCUCAUGUCCCGAAUGCAACAAGAAUUUCACAAAUCGGUUCAACAGAGACCAACAUUUAAUCAAGCACGACCAAAACUUCGUGGAAAAGCUUCUUUCCAAAUGCGAGUUCUGCGGUAAAAUUUUAGCGAACUCUCAGACGUUGAGUGCUCAUAUGAGAACGGUUCAUUCUGGAUUGAAACCAUACCAAUGUGAAUUUUGCAAGAAACAUUUUCCAACCAAAGGCCAAAUGGAAAGUCAUAAGAAGAUGCAUGAAAAGAAAUUUACAACGCUCGAAUCCAAAACUUCAAAUAAUGAAAACGAAAAAAAUAAUGACGAAGCAAGUUCCUUAAAUGUAGAGUUGAAAGAACCCUUAUUGAUCACUAGUGCUGGAGUUUUUAAAACAUUAUCAGCUAAGAGCGAUCACGAGUUUAACCAAUUCGAAAAAUCCAAGAGUGGAUACAAUUUCCAGUGCACAAAAUGUGACCGUAAAUUCAGAAGAAACGUAGAUUGUCAAAGACAUAUCGCGUCUCAUAAUGAUACUAAUUUGAAGCCAUUUAAAUGCACUCUUUGUCAUGAUAGAUUUAAAACUAAUGUUACUUUGAAGCACCAUCUUUUGAAGCAUUUCAGAAAUGAUAAAAAAUUCAGCUGCGAUGAAUGUACGAAGAAAUAUUCAGUGAAGGCCAAUUUGAAAUGGCAUAAGGCGGUCGCGCAUAGCAUUACAAAACCGUUCAUGUGCCCAUAUUGCGGGAAAAGUUUCAAGCUUAUGUCCUUGUGCAAAACCCAUAUCAAAACCCACAGGAAGGCUUUGCAACAAAACAAUGAGGUUAAGAAAGUUCCGAUCGCAGAAAUUGAUAAAUCGAUAAUUCCAGAGCCCGUAGAGGAUGCUAUUGCUGUCGGAGACGCAGACUCGUCGCUUAAAAUCAUUCCGAAACCGACCAGCAAAAAAUAUGGAAGUGAGGUUGAGAUUUUGGAUGCCGGAGAAUUUUUGAAGGAGAGAAGCAAGACACGUCGGAAGAGUCCGCUGAUUUCCGAGAUUCCAGCCAAUUCAGAGGCAGGCAUUACUGUUUGGCUGAAAAGUGCAGCUGAGAUUGGGUCAGAAACAGGGCCGAUUCAGGUGAAAUUAAGGACAGAAAGUUCCGACAAGACUCCAGGAUUUGUUAACACCUCGGAAGAGGCAUGCAGUUCAAGGAGCGACUAUAACGUCAGUAGUGAUGAUGGAGUAACGGAUACAAUUUUUGGCGGAUCUUCAUUUAAUCGAAGUGAUCUGAAGUCAUCAAGCGCGUUUCACAAGGCACGUAUCGAAAAGAGUCCAACAUUGCAACAAUCUGUGCAUGUGCAAAAUGUCCUCAAUAACAGCUCGUUAGAACCAAGUGAGAAUGAAGCAAUAGGUGUCGGAUUUCAUUUUUGUGAAGAUAAGGAAGUAUCUAAAGACGGCACAGUUAGGGCUCCUAAUAUUCUAAAACGAAGAAAUAAAAACUCGCCGAAAAAGCGUCAAUCAAAACCUAUUGAUUUAAGUAGCAGGCUGAUUCUUGCAGAAGCACCUGUGAUAAAAGAUAAUUCAGUUAUCCCGAUGGAAGAUCAAGGUGCUAAUGGUGGAAAUCAGCCGUCAAUCGUUAACGUCGAUCAAAAUGAUUCUAAUACUGAUCAGCUUGACAUCUCCUCGGAGUUUCCAAACCGAACCAAACGACCGAAUCAGAUUUCAAGUGCAAUGUUUUCUCCAAUAAAAGGGACGAAGGUAUCUGGAGAUACAGCUGCAGGCAUGGCAGAAGUUAGUGCUUUCAAAGAUGUACCCGAAAAUAGAGAUGAUUUUUCUGCUAAAUUUGCAUGUCCAAAAUGUUCUAAAAGUUAUCCAACUGCUUUGCAGCUGAAAGCACAUCGUAUCAUUACUCACGGGUCUUCAGAUGUUGUCGAUCUGACUGUUAAAAAAGAGAUCUCGACUGACAAAAUGAAAAGUUGUCAACCAGAAGAAAGUAUCUUGGCUUUGAGGAACGAUAAAACAUGGACUAUGGAAGAUAGAAACAGUCGGAAAUUUAUCAAAAGAGAUAUCUCCAGUUAUGAACAAAUUAGAACCAGUCUGAAAAACUUCAAAACCAAGUGCUCAGUUUGUCUCGUAUCAUUUACAAAUUUCGCCAGACUGCAGGCUCAUUUCCAGUCGUACCACGUGGUCAAACCGCAGUGUUUAAGCGGAAGUCUGAACGUCUCUGGACCUCCGCCUAAAUUCUCAGACCCGGAGUUUAUCCGAAUCAGUCGCCGAGAUGCAAGUGAUAUAAAGCAUAAAAUGUCGCAGACAGCCAAAGAAGACAGAUUGAAUGUAACAGUAUCUGAAAAGAUACUGUUGAGGUCAAUUGAUGAUAUUGAUCGUGAGAUGCGAAAAGAUAUUUCUUCUGGUAAUUAUGACCAGCAGAUAAGGAUGAAAAAUAAUAAGUCGAAUCAGUGUCAAGAUUGUCCGAAGGCGUUUUCGUCUGUGUCUGCAUUGACUCAGCAUAGAAGAUCCCAUACUGAUGAGAGACCUUUCGUGUGUGCAAUUUGUGACAAGGGAUACAAGACUAAAAGCUCAUACACAUACCAUGUCACUGGCCACUUCCGCACUCGUAAACUGUACAAAUGUCAUCUGUGCAAGCGUCAGUUCGUCACAGCCUCCUCUCUCAGUCUGCACAUGAGACUGCACAGUGGAGCAGCCCCUCUGCAGUGUCGAUUCUGCACCAAACGAUUCCCAUCUUCAUACUCCAGGCAGUACCACAUGGACCAGGUGCACUUCACGUCACGCAUGCACGCCCGCAGACAGAAGCAAGCGGAGCUCCGAAAGAAGUAUAAAAGAAAACAAGCAGAUCCCAAAAAGAAAGACACUGUAAGUGACAUCCAAAGAAGUGCUUCGGAAAGUGAAAAACCGGUGUUGCUACAGGAACCAAAUCUUGGCACGCAACCUGUAGGUGAAGAAACUCAAGCUUACCCACAAAUCGUUGAUCAACCUCAAUCAGAAAUACUAACAGUUGCUACUAGUACAUCAAUUCAAACGGGAGUUUACGAAACAACAGCAGCAUCAAACAGUAUUUCAGACUUCCCUGUAGAAUCUCAAUUCAUUAGCUAUACCAGUGAAAACACAUUUGAGAGUAACAAUAUGAAUGUGCAAUAUAUUGCGAUUCCCUUUGACGAUUUGAGCUUUCCAGUUGAUUCGAUAAUGGAUGAAAGUGGAAGUUAUAAUUGGCUAACCAUUCCGUCGGCUAAUUGCGACACUCAACUUGAGCAUCAAAACAUUUUCUAUGAUGAUACGGGUGGAUCCAUUGGGUUCAUACAGCCGAACGUACAGAUACAAGAUCAGAAUCUUCAAAUCGCAUCCUCACAUAGUGACAGAUUCGUGUAUGCUGAUAGUAACACUGGCAAUGAGUUCUUCCCGGUUAAUCUACCGCUAUCACAAAGGUUUUUCAGCACAGAAGAUAAUUUUGCUUAUGUAGAAAACAGCAAUUUGGGGCCAAGGCCUGAUCAGUUCUGAGUUUUGAGAAACUUGGUAAAAACUGUUGAACUUAAAAAGGUAGAUCUAAUGAACCUGAUGAAAGAUAAUUUAUAAUAAUUCUUA